AUGAGGACGGUGUCUUUCGCUUUCGGCUCGCUGAUCUUCUUCCGCGUCUUGGGGAGGACGAUUCGUGCAGCACGGCGUCGGGAUCUUCCUCUACUGCCUCGGCGCCUUCUCUGGGUAUCAUGCCCGAGGGAUGGCUUCCUCGUGGAGGCGCGCCGCCGUCGCGGGUUUGCCUUCGCGAGCCGCUCCGCGCAGAUCGGCUUCCUGUACCUCCGGUCUUCCGUCCUUUCCGUGGUGAAGGCGGUGGCGAUGUUGCUGGUCGUCUUCCCGCCGCCAUGGAGGCGGACAGCAGCGCUGGAGAUGCUGCAGGCGGAGCUAUUUUUCUCGCUGGAAUUGAUCCUCUUGUGCGUCGUGGCCUCCCUGCGGAAGCGGGCCAGCCUCUUCGGCAUGGGCUCGCUGGUGCUCCCGCUGGUGGCGGUCCCCUCCGAGGCGGCUCCUUGGUGCGUUUUCAUAGUGACCCACGGCUGGUACCUCAAGAGGAAUAUUGGGAGUGCGUGUUGA